UUUACUUUCUCUUCUUCUUUUUUCUUUCACUGAAAAAUCAUAAAAAUUAUUCUUGUAAUUGUUACGUGUAUAAUUUUGAAAUAUGGGUACAGGUGAUACGCAGAUCCUCUGUGUCUAGCAUAAGAAGAGGCUACUAGAACAAUACUCUACUAUAUAUUAUGUGUGAACUGACUAGAACCACCACAUCUUGAGGUGGACUCUGUCUCAAUACAGAAACUGAUUUUGUAUUUCAUCCAUACAUCGGGUAGCAGGGCAGGGCAGGGCAGGGGCCCCCAAACCAAACCAUAAUUGAUUGAUGAGAAUUCUAGCUAAGACAAAAGCGCUUCAUCCCUGCCCCUGUCUGUUUAAUUGAGCAGAUAUAGAAGAGAGAGAUCAUGUGCAGCACAGCCCCAAGGUAUCCCAUAUGUGCCAAGUAUCCCACCCUGUAUCCUCCCGAGUGUCCCAAGUGCUCAGCAUUGUCUUCUUCUUCUGGAUGUCAAGAAUAUUAUUACAAUCUUGUCGAGGCUGUAAACAACUAUACGGGGUCUCCGGUUGAUGAGUACAGCUUCGGUGCUGGACUACGGAAAUUCUGGGAAGAAUGGGACCUCAGGAUUCUAAUUCUAUACAUCCUCUAUACUCAGUUGUACCUCCUCAUUUUUGGACGCUUUAGGAGGAGAUCGAAAAGGAAGUUCUUGAUCAAUCUGAAUGUGUCGUUGCUGUAUAUUUUUGCUGACUUGUUGGCAGCUAUUGCUCUCGGGAAGCUCUCCAAAGUCAAAGACGAAGGCACUCUUAAUAAAGAAGCGGUUUUUCCAAAAUUCAAGCCAGAUGAAAUGUGCAACCCUGAUAAACCAGAAAGUUUGUUAAGGGGUUUAUGGGCACCGGUUAUCCUGUUCUAUCUUGGAGGUCCAGACACAAUAACUCUCUUAUACAUCGAAGAAACUCAGCUGUGGCUGAAACACCUAAUAUCGCUGUUAACACAAGGCGGAAGAGCAUGUUUCGUUUUGAUUGAGACCUGGACUCCUUCUGGACUCUCUGUUCUGAGUCUGUUCAUGUGGAUUUCUGGAAUGAUCAAGUAUGCAGAGCGAACAUGGGUUAUCAAGUCAAGAGCCCGGGCAAUCUCUGAAGGUUGUCUUCAACCAGAUGAUUGCACCGUUAUGGAUUUUGUUGGCAUUAGUCCUUCUUCACCGAACAGGAAGCUUGAGCUCGAAAAAAAAACACAGCUCGUGGUUGAAGGUUAUAUCUGUUUCCGGACCUUGAAGCCUCAUAUUCCUGGCUAUCAUGGGCUCAAGAGGCCGCUAGCCAAAUUCAUCAAAGAGGAUACAGAUCCUAAGGACAUUUUCAAACAGAUUGAGAUUGAGUUGGGGUUCAUGUAUGAUGUGCUCUUCAGCAAGGUAGGCACAAUUUUUACAGCAUGGGGUUUCAUUCUCCGGUUUAUUACCUUAUCUUGUGUAGUUUGUGUGUUGGUGGGAUUCUUCAUGGUUGACAAGUCUAGUACUAAAGAUUUGAAAGAUGAUGUCCAAACUACCAUCAUUCUGCUACUUGGAGCCAUUUUCUUGGAGAUAGUUGGACUUCUUCUUCAACUUGUUUCAGACUGGGCAGUGGUUUGGGCAUGGAAGCACCAGAGCAAGUUGUCAAGUCCAAUACUUUUUCUUCACGAACAUCUAAUCUCUCACAGCAGAUGGUCUAAGGAAGUGGGACAAUUUAGUUUACUGAACUUUUGCAUCAAAUAUGAGGCGAAGGUGUUCGAUGGAAUGGUUCGGGCUGUGUGUGGCUGGAGGAAACUUCUAAGCAUCAAUUUCAGCUUGCCUUCGAGGAAAGCAAAUAAGGCUAUAAAAGUAUUAAUCAUCAAUCAGCUUAGAGAGAGAUCACAGAACAAUUCAGGACAACCUUCCCAGAUAUCAUCCAUGAAAACAGGUGAGUGGACGCUUACUAAAUAUCGAUUGAAGGAAGCGCCCAACUGGCCCAAGUGGACCAUGAACAUAGAAUUUGGCGAAGCUAUUGUUCUGUGGCACCUUGCCACAGACAUCUGCUAUCAUGAUGAAGAACCAACGAAUGAUUCAGAAGCAGCCAAAAGAUUGUCAAAUUACAUGAUGCAUCUUCUUCUCAUAUGUCCUAAUUCAUUACCCUUCUGCAACACGGAUGGCGACUUCUUGACGGCUUGUGCAGAUAUAAUGGAAAUUUUGAAGAACAAAAAACUUGCACUCGCUGAUGUAUGGGAGCAAUGCAAAAGUCCCACAGUGAAACGUGCGAAAGAUCUUGCCAGUGCGUUGAUGCAGAAACCGAACGAGGAAAGAUGGGAGAUCAUGAGCAGUAUGUGGGUGGAGAUGCUGUGCCAUGCCGCGAAGGAGUGUAAACUGAAAAACCACGCCCAAGAGCUCAGACAUGGCGGAGAAUUUCUGACUCAUGUGUGGCUGCUACUCAUGCACUUCGGCAUAUAUGGAGACCAAGAGAGAAUUGUACCUCCAGAUUUAAGGCCCAAUGCGCAGGAAGGAAUCAAAGGUUUCAACGAUUUCACUCAAUCAACGUUCUUUGAGGGCUGUGAACUCAGUAGCUUUUAAGGUGGUUCUACAUGAUAAUCCCACGUAAUACCGUCCUUCCAAAUUAUCCAGCUGCAGUAUGGGAAAGUAACUUACUAGUCUUUUUUCCAUUUUGCUGUUAACGAAAUGAUUGUGUGAAGCCUGCUGAAGUCUUUUCUUUUUCCUUUCUUGUUAUCCUUAAUUUCGGAAUAUAACUCAUAAUCAAACCUUGUUUCCAAGCACCCCCGCGC